AUGAACAAGCUGUACAUCGGGAACCUAAACGAGAGCGUGACUCCGGCCGACUUGGAGAAAGUCUUCAACGACCACAAGAUCUCUUUCAGCGGGCAGUUCCUGGUUAAGUCCGGCUAUGCCUUUGUGGACUGCCCCGACGAACAGUGGGCCAUGAAAGCCAUCGAAACUUUUUCGGGGAAAGUGGAGCUGCAUGGAAAACAGCUAGAGAUUGAACACUCAGUACCUAAAAAGCAAAGGAGCCGGAAGAUUCAAAUCCGAAAUAUCCCACCCCAGCUGCGAUGGGAGGUUCUGGAUGGCUUGCUAGCACAAUAUGGCACUGUAGAAAACUGUGAGCAAGUGAACACAGACAGUGAGACCGCUGUGGUUAAUGUCACCUACACAAACCGGGAGCAGACCAGGCAAGCCAUCAUGAAGCUGAACGGGCACCAGCUGGAGAACCACGUGCUGAAGGUCUCCUACAUCCCUGAUGAGCAGUCAGUGCAGGGCCCAGAGAAUGGGCGCCGGGGUGGCUUUGGGGCCCGAGGUGCCCCCCGGCAGGGUUCCCCUGUCACAGCAGGAGCUCCAGUCAAGCAGCAGCCCGUGGACAUCCCGCUCCGUCUACUGGUGCCCACACAGUAUGUGGGUGCCAUCAUUGGCAAAGAAGGGGCCACCAUCAGGAACAUUACCAAGCAGACACAGUCCAAGAUUGAUGUUCACCGUAAGGAGAACGCAGGAGCUGCAGAAAAAGCCAUCAGCAUCCACUCCACCCCUGAGGGCUGCUCUGCUGCCUGCAAAAUGAUCUUGGAGAUCAUGCAGAAGGAGGCAAAGGACACAAAGACAGCUGAUGAAGUGCCUCUGAAAAUCUUGGCCCAUAACAACUUUGUGGGGCGCCUGAUUGGCAAAGAAGGGCGAAACUUGAAGAAAGUGGAGCAGGAUACGGAGACAAAGAUCACCAUUUCAUCCUUGCAGGACCUGACCCUGUACAACCCUGAAAGAACGAUCACAGUGAAGGGCUCCAUCGAGAACUGCUGCAAAGCAGAGCAGGAGAUCAUGAAGAAAGUGAGAGAAGCCUACGAGAACGAUGUCGCGGCCAUGAGCCUGCAAUCUCAUCUCAUCCCUGGCCUUAACCUGGCUGCUGUCGGCCUCUUCCCUGCCUCCUCCAAUGCAGUACCUCCUCCUCCCAGCAGCGUCUCCGGGGCUGCUCCAUACAGCUCCUUCAUGGUAGUGGUUCUGUGUCCUCAGCCUCCCGAGCAGGAGACCGUACACGUCUUCAUCCCUGCCCAAGCAGUCGGUGCCAUCAUUGGCAAGAAGGGCCAGCACAUCAAGCAGCUCUCCCGGUUCGCAAGUGCCUCUAUUAAGAUUGCACCCCCGGAGACGCCGGACUCCAAAGUGCGCAUGGUGGUCAUCACAGGCCCUCCAGAAGCUCAGUUCAAGGCACAAGGCAGGAUUUAUGGGAAGCUGAAGGAGGAGAACUUCUUUGGGCCGAAGGAAGAAGUGAAGCUGGAGACACACAUCCGUGUCCCUGCCUCGGCUGCAGGGAGGGUUAUUGGCAAAGGGGGCAAAACUGUCAAUGAGCUGCAGAACCUGACGGCUGCAGAGGUGGUGGUUCCACGGGAUCAGACCCCUGAUGAGAACGAGCAGGUCAUUGUGAAGAUCAUCGGGCACUUCUAUGCCAGCCAGAUGGCGCAGCGCAAAAUCCGGGACAUCCUGGCCCAGGUGAAGCAGCAGCAUCAGAAGGGACAAAGCGGCCAGCUGCAAGCGAGGAGGAAAUGA